CAUUGAUAAUGCGUGGCAAAGAGAAAUACAUGAAGACUUUUUUAGCCAAUCACAAAAAGAGUCAAUAUUCAGACAGGGGCUUCACCAUGUAGACUGUACAGACUUAUUUAUAGCGAUGUGAAUCGAUAAGUUCAUCUACCCUCGUCCGGUGGCAUCAACUUUAUAUCCACGUUGACGAGCGUACAGUUCAUGUUUUUUCAACGCUGGUGAGUACAUUUAUAUGUUAAACAAAAAACAACAACAUUAAGACAUAUGCUUUCACUAAAAAUAAGCCUUUUUGUCACUUAUAAUUGGCUUACUUAUAUUAAAAUAUUAUAUUGUAUAAUUUGUAUAAUGUACCGAUGUCGCCUAUGACUCAGUUUCAGACUAAGUACUAAUAUAAUAAUACUAAGUACUAAGUGUUCUACCAACUUUCUAUUUCAAUAUAUUAUUAUUGGUUUACUCUUGUGACUUACGUACUCAAACUUACUGACGUAGUCCUCAGUACACCUCUGAUUUACAUGAAAUCAAAAGAGUAAAAAAAUAUAUAAAUAAUUGAAUACGGGUAUUUUUAUUAUAAUAUUAAUAUUAAAUUAUUUAUUAUUUAGUCUUAGUACAUCAAAUUAAUUAAUAAUUAGAAUUAAAUUUAACUUAUACUAACUUAUAAUAUACUUAUAUUUAUAAUUUAUAUAAUUGAAUUUUGUAAUAGUUAAGUCUUAAAUAAAGUGAUUAAUAAAUCUUUUGUAUACUAAUACUGUCUACUGUAUUGUAAUUGUAUAGUAUAUAAUAUAGUAUAAGUAAAUUCCAUGUCAGCUCAUCCAGUUCUCAGUUGUCAAACUUUAAUUUUAAUGACUUUGGUGUGCACAAUUAACUUCCAUAUUCUUAGCCUCGUGUGAAUGAAUUCAAAACCUCACUUACUGAUUGGUUCCUUACCGAUCGUUGUUGCUUCCCUGAUAUGAAAUCAACAAUGCAAGUUUAUAAUAUAUGAUUCCUCCAAACCUUCAGUGUUUUUAUGAAAAGCAUUAAAAAAUGCUUGACACCGAAACAUCUACAGAUAAUUUGCAAAGACUAUUUUACACUCCAAAUUGUUGUUAGCUCACAAUGUCUAUAAAUGAAUUGUUGUAAAUGGACCCUGGUACUUCCAUUUGAGAUUUGGAUUAAAGGUGUUUUCUGUCUCAUUGUAUGUUUAUCUUAAUCUGUUUGUCAUCCACUCUAAUCUGAUGCAGGCAAUCUACAUAAUGUCAGUUCCUCCUACUACUGUGACUGUCUAUAAUCUAUUGUAAUGCGGUAAAUAACUUAAGGUCCGGUAGCAUGCCUUUUUAAACAUUCAUAUUUUUAAAAAAAAAUAAUUUCUUUUGUUUUGAUUAAAUGAACCAUUUCAUUCUUUUGUUUAGGAAAAAAAAAAUAUAUUUGAUUUUUGUUUUGCAAAAUCUGAUAAUCAUUAAAAAAACUAAAACCUGAUUUUUAAAAUCUUUAUUAAUGAAUAGUUACAUUACUUAAUUCACUUUCAUUUAAGAAAAUCAUUUUGGCCUCUGCUGAUUAGCUCUAGUAUGGAAUGGAGAAAUUAAAAAAAAAAAAAAAGAGUUUUUAACAAAACUAUGGUUAAUAAUUAUUUUAUUUCUCUACUUGUUUUGUAAAAGCCAUAUAAUCCAAAAACUUACCUAAGAAUUUUCCUGUAUCGUGGCAAAUGACAGACUUGUAUCUUCCAUUGGGACUGUGGUUAAUGGAUUUUUUCUUUGCUAUUUAUUAGUUAACUAGUAAUAGAUUGCAACAAAUAUUUAUUUGAUAUUUUAAUCAGAAAUGACAUUUAAAAACUAUGGAAACAGAAUAUUUUCCCUACAAACAAUGUAUUAUACUUUUUCCAUUUAAGGUGUGACAUGCAUUUUUUAUACUUACUUAUGCCUUUCUACCCCGUCUGGGGCAUGAGCCGCCUACAAGAACUUUCCACUCAUCACGGUCCUGUGCUUUCCUUUCCAAUUGCUUCCAGGUGUAUAUGAUAUUUUGCAUGUCAGCCUCUAGCUUGUGUCUCCAUGUAUUCUAAGGCCUUCCUCUCUUUCUUUUUCCCUGUGGGUUCCAUGUUAGGCAUUGUCUGGUGGUGCUAUCUGGGGGUUUUCGGAGCGUAUGCUCUAUCCAUCUCCACCUUUUCUUUAUGAUAUCUUCAUCAAUGGGCACCUGGUAUGUCUUUUCUAGUAGAUCUUUGUUAUUGAUAGUAUUUGGCCAUUUGAUUUUUAGGAUCUUUUUAAGGCAUGUUUUUAUGAAUGUCUGCACUUUCUGCAUAAGGCUCACUGUUGUUUUGCAAGUUUCUGCACCAUAUAGUAGGACUGUUUUGACAUUUGUAUUAAAGUUUGCAGUUUCAGCUCCUUCGACUCCCAUAUUUUCUUUAAUAGCACAAAUGCUGAUCUAGCUUUUCCGAUUCUGGCUCUUGCGUCCGCAUCAAGUAUCCGCCAUUUGUGUCUAUGGUGCUCCCUAAGUAUGUGAAGGACUCCACUUACUCCAGUACCUUUCCUGCCAGAUAGAUAUGCUCAUAGUUGGAUGGGUUUACCUUCAUGAUUUUUGUCUUGCUUUUAUUUAUAUUGAGACCAAGCUGUGCUGAAAAGGUGGCUACGUCUUUUGUCUUUUCCUGCAUUUGUUGCUGGUUGUGGGACAGAAGUGCGAUGUCGCCUGCAAAGUCUAAAUCAUUCAGUUGUUCACAGAGUGUCCACUGUAUCCCAUUCCUCUUUUUGUCUGUGGAUUUCUUCAUUAUCCAGUCAAUGGCAAGGAUGAAUAGAAAUGGGGACAAGAGGCAUCCUUGUCUGACUCCUGUUUCGACUGUAAAAGAAUCUGUGAGUCUUCUUGGACCACCCUGCAUGUCAUUUCUUCAUAAGAGCUCUGAAUGAGCCUGACUAGUUUCCCUGGUACUUCAUAGUGCCAAAGAAGUUUCCACAAGGUUUGUCGGUCCAGGCUAUCCAAGGCCUUUCCGUUGUCUUUAAAAUUUAAAUAUAGUGGGGACUUCCAUUGGAUGGACUGUUCUACAAUGAUUCUUAGUGUUGCAAUUUGAUCCGUUUAGGCGGAAGCCGGCCUGUUGAUCUCGUAGCUGCAUGUCGACCUGGUCUUUCAUUCUGUUCAAAAUAGUUCCGUUUAAGACCUUUCCUGGUACAGACAGCAGUGUGUUAUUUAUAACAACAUUAAAAAAAAAAGACCAGAAAUCCCACAAAAUCUUCUGUGCGUCUACUCAAUGAUCAUUCACUCACCAAUAUUUUUAUUGCCAGUUACUGCAUGUUCUAUUCCUGUCAUCCACUUACUGGACAUAUUUUUAAAAAAGUUUGCUAAAUGAUUUGAUAGUUCCUUGAUGUGUUUGUCUGUGCACUUAAGCAUUUGCGAGAUGUUUCGUUAGAUAUCUAUAUCAUAAUAACUUACAUAUCCAUAUAGCUAAAUCAAUUUAGCAUUAGUUUAAACUGUUUUCUUUAACAUUCCUUUUCAGGUAAUUGUCAAGUCAUUUCUCUCAAUGGAAUUGUGGUAGUUACUAAAUUUCAUUACUGUGGAAUAUUGAAUUGGACUUUUCCUUCAGAGACAUUUAAUCAUUAAGUUGAUCAAGACUUACUAUUCAAAAACCAAUAAACUUUUAUCCUAGUUCGGUUCACUUGAAAUUCUUGAAUUUUGUAUAAAGAAAACUACAAGGAUGGAAGUGGUUACAAUUCUUAUCGGAGUAGCUGCAUUUAUCAUAUCAGCCUUAUUGAUUUACUGUAUCUCUGCUGUAUCAAUGAGAGAGAAAACUUUUGAAGAAGUGAUGGAAGAACAGAGACGCAGACAAGAAGAAGAACGAGAAAAGGUGAAAGCAGAGAAAAAAGCAGAAAAGGAGCAGCAGAAAAAGAAAUACAAGAAAGGAAAGCAGGAUAAAGUGAAAGAAAAAUCAGCACAAGUCAAUGAACCAGAGUUAAAAAUAGAAACAAAAAUGGUUAACUUAGAAAUCGAGCCAGAAAUUAUAGAACCCACUGAAACUUUAGGGCUCAAUACUGCUGUUCGACAAAGAGGAAAAAAAGAAAAAGUAGCCAAGCCUAUUCUCCAUAACAAAGGGGAAGUGACUCCAGUCAGUGAGAAAACUGUAGAGAUCCAUCACAAACCUAUUAUUCCCAAAGAUGAAUUAGAGCUUAAAAAAAGCCAUGAAAAAAUUAUUGUUGACAAAAUCGAGAAGCUGAAAUCGACUCAUAUUGAAGCACAAGUAAAGGAGACCAUUCGCCAAGAGAUCAAAGAAAACGUCCCACCAAAAAAACCUGAAAAAGAUGAGGAUCACAAAUCUAAGCAAAAUACAGAUGAGGCAGAGAAGCGUUCUGCCAAGUCAAAAACAUCAGGUUAACAUUUAUGAAUUUAUCUUGUUUUAUAUGUACGAAAUUUGAUAAGAAAAUUUGUCGUAAUUUUAAAAGUACUUUAACUUAAACAGUUAUUUAUCUUUUUUCCCAUAAUGUCUUGUACAUUGAUUUUUAGACAACUUCUACAAUAUAAAAAUCUCUGUAGAUGUCUUUUUACAUAUUUGAUAUCAUAAUAUAAUAAAUACAAUUUAAAGUGAUCGUAUUAAUAUCUUAAAGUCUUUUACAAAUUGUAAAUCUUUCAAUCUGUAGAUGAUGGACAACUUAAUGGAUCAAAGUUGAUUUCUUCUGUUAAAACUGCAAAACUAUCUGACAAUGAAGUUCAAACUUUGAUUGACAUACUUCUGAACAGACAAGGCCUUACACCAACUACUCCUGCAGUGAAUGAAUCUUGGAAUAAGGACAAGGUUAAUUUUUUCAUUACUUUAGUCUGUUGCAAAGUAUUUUGUAAAAACUAUCAUGAUUUUAGGAUUUAAAAUAUAAAUGUUUACAGUGCUAAAAGACUCGAUAUUAUUUUCUACAGAAAAGUCAGAAAGGUGACCCAGUAUAUCUGUUAAAGAAACAACUAGAAGAUAAGGAAAAGGCUCUACAGGAAGGUUUGUUGUCACUUGUUUAUAUUGUUUCUUAAACGUUCUGUACCCAUUCAUUGUGUAAAAUUGGCAACAAAUUUAAAGUUAUCUGUUAUUUUUAAAAAAUUAAGAAAUAUUUCUGCUGUAAACACUUGUAUUUUAUUUAAUACUCAUAUAUUUAAAUGGCUGUGUAUCUAUCAUUGUUUUCUAUGUUUAUAGUAAACAGUGGGUAAUCAAGUUGAUAGAAAUAGCUGAUUUUUAUUUGUAUCAAAAUUUGUUGUUAGUAUUUUUUUUAGUAUUGCAGUAACAUUCUUUUUCUUUUUCACUUUUUUAAAAUCAAGAUUUGGAUUAAUGAUAUUAUGUGUAAUAAUUUCAGAGCAAAAUCAAUCUUUGAAUGCUAAUUCUCGUGUCAAAGAGUUGAAAAAUGAAUUGAUGUCAGAGAAGUCAAAAUUGGCAAUAUUGGAGAAGAAGUUACAGGAAAAGGGCAAUCAACACAAAACUGAAUUGGAUGCUCUCCAUCAGAGAAUGCAACAUUCACAUGAGCAACACCUGUCUGAGACAAAUAACCUUCAAGUGAAAAUCAGACAGCUGGAAACAGGGGCUGAUAAAGCUGCUGCUAAUAAACUUGUUGAAGUAAGUUAAAUAAUCUGGGCAAUAACUGAUAUAAUUUAUGAAAUGGCUCUUCAUACCAAGAAGGUUCCAGACUGCUGAGUUAGAUCAAAUAUUCUUCAUACUUGGAUCUAUAAUUUUAAAAAUUAAGCUCUAAGACAUGCUUACGGUUAAAAUAAUUUUUUUACAGAUUGAAAUGUUAAUGUAUUAGUUUUUAAUAUAAAUAUCUUUUAAAACAUUCUAUUUCCAGGAAAACAAGAUUCUGCAAGAAACUUUGUCCCUUAAAGCGUAAGUGUCAAAAAGCAUUUUUGUUUUAUUACUUUAAAACUUUUCUUCAAUUAUUUAUAAAUUCAAAACAAUUACCUUUUUAUGAUUAUCUUAGAUGGCUUUAUUAUUUAAUUAAUUAAUUUUCCUCAACUAUAUUUCAUCUGUUUGUUGUGUCAUUACAGUAAGGAAACUGUGAGCUUAGGAGAGAAGGUUAAGCAACUGGAGAAAGAACUUAACAAUGGCAGAAAUGCCUUCCAGGCCAGUGAAGCUGCAAAGAAAAGUUUAGAAACAAAGCUUAACAUCAGUGAAGAAAAAUUUCGCAAACUUGAAGCUUCUCAGGUAAUUAAAAAAAUAUGUUGUUAAAAAUAAUAAAUUCCGUUGAUAGUUUAAAAAAAACAAACAAAAACUUGUCUUAAUAUUAGUGUAAACUUUCCCCUUUUAAGACUAUAUCAUUUUGUUCAUCAGAAAGAUGUAGAUUCUGUAAUUAACAAAAGAGUUGAAGACGUUAGCUUGGAACUUAGAAAAGCAGAAGCAAAGAACACUUCUUUAGCAUCUGAUUUGCAAAAAGCCAAUGCUGCUUUGAGCACUGCACAAGGAGAAUGUAGCAACUUGAAGACCAAGCUACAGGAGCUUGAAAACCACCUGAAAAAAGCUGAUGCUAGCAAAGAAACCGAAACAAGGUUGCAGGUAAUUAAAAUUGUAGUUUUACUGCAUCUGAAUUAUCAAUUUAUAUUGAAAAAAAACUUUUUUUUACAUUAAGUGAACCAUCUAAUUCUUGUCUAUUCUCAGUACUCCUGAUGACCUCAUUUUAUUUCUUAAAAUCGUUCAAAUUUUGUGUGCUUUUGUUAUAAUAAAAUUUCAAUUUGAUGUGAUCUAAAGUGCGGUGAAUUAAACUUCUUAAAUGUAUUUUAGGAGUCUGAACACAAACGCUCUGAUUUGGAAGGGAAUAUUAAAAAUCUCGAGAAGCAGCUUGAUGACCUAUCAAAAAGACUGGAUGAAAGCAAAACUGAAGUAACUGUAAGUAUUUAGGUAGACAAUUUACUUAAUAAUUUUUCUACAAAGUUUUUGUGUCUUAAUUCAUAUCUGAUAUAAUUUCUUUUGGCUUUAUCGAUGUGAAAAUUUUUAUCUUACCUGUCUUAGCGAUUGCAACAAGAAAAUAAAGGAUUGGUAGAUGAGAAUAGAACAAUCAAUGAACGUCUUCAAACAGCUCCAGCCUCUAAUGGAAUUCAUGAAAAUGGACCAAAUGUUUCCUCAUCUGAACUGGAUCGUGUGUAGGUUUUUUUUAAUGAUUUACUUUAAAUUUUAAUCCAACCUUAGCUGCAUCUCUAAGCACAUUUUAAUUUUAAAUAAAAUACUUGAGCAUAAUUACAAUUUUCUUACUGUUCUUAAUAACUAUUUAUUGAGUUAUUAAGUCUAUAUGAAAUAUUUGAUAAUAGAAGAGUACAAGAAAAAAAGCUUAACAUUCUUUUUGAUAUUGUAGUCUUGCUGAGAAAAGCAAAGAAAUCAGUGAUUUGAUGGCUGGAUUGGAAAACCAGAAAAAAGCAGUAUCUAAUUUCCAGACACAGUUGGACAAUAAAUCGGCUGAAAUUGCUGAUCUGACUGAGCAACUUAAACAGCAGAAAACCAAAAAUAAUGUAAGAUAUUUUGAAAUUCUUUUCUAGCAGCUCGUUUCAUUAUAUGCAUCUGUAGAAUUAUAUUUUAUUGCAUCAUCACAUUUUUGGUGACAUAAAGAGUUUUCAGUUAUGUAUUUUAGGUAACUAUAAAUUUACAAUGCUAAAUAAGUCACAAUAAUAUUUAUCCACAAGUUUAAUUUAGCUAUCCCAACUAGCUUUUUUUCUUUUUUCACCAUGUAUCCUUGCCUUGGGAAUGGAAAUCUCACAUGAAAAAAUCCACAUUUGUUUUGGUUAUGUGUGGCUGAAUGAAUUUAUACAUCUAUCCAACCACUACUAACCAAGAAUGUAUUCUUCAUAGAUUAUUUGAAUUUAUUUUUCUGGAAUAACAGAUCUUGCUUUGCUAUUCUUUUUAGUUUCGGAAGCUUGUUGUUAUCUAUCUAUUUGAUGCCAUCUUUUAAACCUAAAAUUUCUCUCAUAUUUUGAGUAGUUAAACUUUACUGAGAGUAAUAGCAUAUGCUUCACCCUUUUUGUGCCAAAAUUUUCUUUUAUCACAAAGUUUAAUCACAAAGCACUGCCCUGGUUGUUAAUUUAACAGUUGAGCUUACAUGCUGUGAGCUUUAAAAAUACCAGCAAAAUCAAUUCCUUUAUGGACAAUUAUGAUGACAUCACAGUACAAAAUAUGUCACGGGGUUUUCACUGGGUUUUCACUGCUGUCGGUUUGGUGAGCCUAGCAGUUACCAAAUAUGCACCACAUCACCCUGGGGGCCUCAUUAUAUAUUUAAAUAUUGUCCAGGCUAAUUGUUUAUUUGCAGUUGGCAUGUGAGUUGUCGCUAAAGGCAUUGCCCUUUUUAAACGGUUAAAAUUUGUUUACCACACACAGCUUUGAAUUGCAUCUUUGCUAUUCACAAAGUGAUUUUCAAAUAUCUUUAUUUAAAGGUCAUUUUUCUUUUUCAGUUGCUUUUGAGUGUCCCUCUAAUAUUUUGAUCAAACAUUUACAUGCAAUCACUUAAUUUUGUUGUGAAGUAUAUUUUAAUAAAGAAGGAACUUUUCUGCCAUAAAAUGCUAAUGAGGCAAGUGGACUGGGGUAGUUUAACAUUGUAUUCAAUGCUUUGCAAUUUCAGGAGUUGCGUGAAAAGAAUUGGAAAGCAAUGGAAGCAUUAGAAAAAUCAGAAAAAUCCUCAGCAGAAAAAGUUGAUAAAGCUUUGAAAUCUGCUAGGGUAAAUAUCUAUCAAUAUAUUAUAAUACUUAUCAAAUUAUUUUUCAUGGGUUAACACAAUUAUUCUUGAUACCGGUACACAAUAAUCAUUCUUGAUACCUCCAACUUGUCACAGAAAGCUGUUUGAACUUAAAUAUUUACCUUUAUUUUGUAAUUCCAAAAUUUGCACCUUAUUUAGUAGCGUCUGAUUUAUACUAAUUCUUCUGUUCUCUUUAAAAUAAAAUGUGUGGUAUUGUCUGAGAACACUUUCAGAUAAAUUGAAAAAACUGGUAUAACAGAUUAAAUUAUUUAAAAAAAGACACUGUUAUUUGGAAAUUCAUAAGCAUCUCACCCUCAUUGCCAGUGUUUUAACUCCAUUUCUCUUAAGUGAAAGGAAGCCACAAAUCAUGUAGAUGAAAAUAGGUACACUUUGCAAACUAACUGAAUCAGUGAUUAUUAUUUCUGUCACAUUCUACCCCCUGUUCCAACCCACUUUGUCUUGCUUUGGGUACUUUUCAUGUCCUCUAUGAAAAUUUUCUUCAUAUACUACUACUAAUGAUAAGUGAUUUUAUAAGGCCACCAGCACUUGCAUUUAUUAACUCAAUUAUUAUCAUGUGAAACAUCAUUGAUAUUUAUGACACUGAUUAAAUGUUGGUGGCUUAACACACUUUUAUAUUGUAAUCAUCAUUCUUAAAAUUGGGACUUUGUGAUCAUCCUUUACAUUUUAAAAAUUAAGAGAAAAUUAUUUACUGAUUUAAAGUGAACAUUUAGAACAGGAAUGUCAAAUGUUUAGCUUGAGAAACACCCACACUAUGCAUUAUUACUGGUCUUUUUUUUUAACUUUAGUAACAGUCUGAAAUAUUCAUUACAAAUAGUAGCAUGUGGUCCUGAUGAUUUAAAAAAAAAAAAAAUAUUUGAAGCUGAUUUCUAUCUCAUAUCCUGCUUUCAAAUGAGCCAUUUUUAAAACUUUGCUUUGGAUUUGAAAUUAAUAAUCUGUGUCAGUAGUGUAAAGUUUUAUUGCAAAGAGACAUAUUUAUAUCAUAUUGUUAGGCUUUCUAUUUUAUAUAGUGAUAAUUUUCCAUUCUAAAAAUUUCAGUUUCUUACAAUAUAUGUAAUUUUAUUUAUAAGUUCUAGCUAUAUUUCCUAGGAGUUUGAUAUACCUGGCUACCAUCAUUGAUUUGAAUGUAUAAUGUAAAAUCUGUGUUUAUCAGAAAAUGUAUUAUAUAUUUUUUUUUCUUCUUAUAAGGAGAAAUUAUCAAACUUUCUUCUUUCAUAAAGAUAAAAUUAUUCAGAGUAGAUAAAUCCAUGAUACCCAGUCACCAUUGGCACCUGAGAAGUUUUUCCUGGUUCCUAAAUAGGCAUCUUUUUAUUUAAAGUCACAAAAUAAUGUGCUGACUCUUGAGAAAGUAUGCUGGCUCCUGAAUUGGUUUCGUCUACCCUUGAGCAUAAGCUCUCUGUAGUCAUAGAGGGUUGUUAAAGUUGAUUUGGACGUCAAUUUAGUUAGGAAUGUAUUCUACAAGAUAAUCAGUCAUUAUUUGUAAUUAUUAGUUUGUUUCUCCUUUUUCUUAAACAUAGGAGUUUAGCACAGCUGGAAUUUUAGAGUCUGAAACUUAUGACAAAGCUGUAUUUCAAAGACUUUUCCCUGAUAUACAGAUUUCAGAAAAGCUGGUAAUAGAUUAGACCUAAUAAAUAUAAAUAUAAUGUAUUUUACAAUUAGCAUUAAUCAAAAUAAAAAUGUAGCUUAAAUAAAAAUUACACUUAACUUCCCCAUUAGAAAUAUUGCUCUUUUUUUUCCCCCCAUAAUGAUUAGACUAGAAAGGUAAAUCUUAUAGGUUGCAUCUUUGCAUAAAACAUAAAUCCUUUAUAUAUUGUUUCAGGCUCACAGGGAGUGGGUUGUUUCAUUUGAAAAGCAAGCAGUUAAGAAACUACAAAAUGCAAGUUUACAUCUAUCCCUGUUCAUUUAUUAAUUUUAUUCAAUCUCAUUUAUUAAUUUUAUUCAAUCUCAUUUGUUUUAAAUUAAAAUACUCAUUUAAAAGACAAAACAAAGUGUAUGCUAAUUAUACUGAAAUAAUAAUUUUUGGUUCAAUAUGCCAUGUUUUCAGGCCUUUUCUCAUAUUGUUCACAGAAAAUUACAACCUGUUGAAUAUUUUUGAAAUUCUAAGAUCAGUGAAGUCAAUAUGCUUUUCUGUUACAGAUUCCUGAUGUCAGCAAAACAUCCAGUGUAGAAAAAGAAAAUGAGCUUUUGAAAACUGAAAUUGAUGUGUUGAAAAAAAGUGUUAGUUCUUUGGUAAGUACAAUUCUGUAUUAUAUACAUAAAAAUAUGAAAAGUUUUAAUGGGAAUGUUUUUAAAGAUUAGAGGAUUCUAAACCAUCUAAUAGUAAUAAUGACUAAUUAAAGAAAUAUACUUUCAUUAAGUGAUAUCCUUAAUUUAUUAAGUUAGAUUAAAAGAUACAACUAUCUGUGUGUACUGAAGAUUUAAAUUAAAAAGACAAAAUACAAAAUUCUUAUUUUUGCCUUAAUGGGUUAAAACUUAAAUCAAAUGGUUUUGGUUUAUUCCAAGUCAAUUCUGUUCUUCUAUGUUAAUUUAUUCAUCAUAUAAAUUGUUUUCAAUUUAUGUUGUUUGCAUAUCACAUGACCAAUAUAUUGCAAUAUCCUAUUUAUAAUUAUGGUUCCUAGUAUUCAAAUGUUUGGUUAUUUUGCAGAAUUCUUGUUUUUUUUUUCCAUCUGGUUACCAAAGUAGCUUAUAUGGAUUCAGUAGCUAGGUGACUGAAGACAUUUAUGUAGCUACCAUUUGAGUAAUUUUUAUAAAUAAUUGACUGAAGGAAAAAUUAUUACAGAAUUCCAGUGAAGAUAAGCUGAAAGUGCUUGAAGAUAAACAUACAAAGGCUCUCAAACAAAUACAAGAUUAUGAGAGACAAGUUGCUGAAUUGGUAAGUUAGUAUGUUACAGAAAAUUUUCAAAAUUGCCUUGUUAAACUUUUUAAUUACUUUUUAAAUUUUUUAAAAUAAAAAUAAAAAACAUUUGUGCUUUGGGGAGUUAAUGCUAUAUUCAUAAUAAUAUUUUAAUUGUUCCUCGUUAUCUCCUGCAUUGUAAGCUAAACAUUUUAGUUUUUGUAUAUAUUUAUGUACAAAUUAAAAUUUGAAAUAGUGACAUUGUUUUUUUUCUUACAGAAUUCAAAUUCGCAAACAUUAAACGAUUUAAAGGGUGAACUCGCCCAAUUGAAAUCCAGUCAGUCACUCUUAUCAACGGUUAGUUCAAAACACACUUUUAAACAUAAAAGGGUGUUUUCUAAUUAUAUUACUAAUUAAAAUUAUCAAUUUUUUAAAAAUAAAAUUAUCAUGAAUAAUUUAAAAUUGUUUCAAUUGCUGAAUUAAAUCCCAUCUCUUAUGUGUUAAAUUAAUUAAAUAACUUUGUAUAACUAAAUGCUAUUAAUAAUUCAUCAAUUGCAGGAAGAAUUAGCUAAGAUUGCUGAGUUAGAAAAUGGGAAUAGUAGGUUAAAGACAGAAGUUGAUCACUAUCGCAGUAUUGUUUCUGAAACUGUGAGUAUUCAACUUAUUUUCAGUAAUUAAAAAUGUAUGCAUCUAAAAUAAGAUAUGUGUUUAAAAUUAAUGUUUACAUCUUCCAGAAAUUUUGAAAAGAUAGUAAAAUAAGUUCAAUCUCUCUAUAAUAAGGAGAACAAAUUGCACCAGUUGGAAAAAAGUAUUGAUGCUGAAGAGAAAAAGUGGCAAGAAAAAUUGAAGCAAGCUCAGUCUAGCUCGCAAAAGGUAAUCAAGAUCAAAUGUUUGUUUAAAGCUAUGCUUUUAAUAUCUUUUUGUUUGUUUUGUCAUAUUUUCUGCUUUAAAAUCUAGGAAGUCUUUUAGCCAACUUAUAUCCAUAACAUUAAAAAAAUUUUCAUAACAGGAUUCAGUAUCACAGCAAAAAGUACUAGAGCUUGGGGCUUUGGUAGCCCAACAAGAGCUUCAAAUUGAAGAGUACAGAAAAAUUUUAACAGUUACUGUAAGUUAAUUUUUGAUGUAUAACCUGGGCAUAUCUCAUGGUUUUAACUUUUCUAUUUAUUACAUUGGUGGUUUCAUGUUUCUUUUAUUAUCCUUUUCAUUUGAUGGGAAGAUGUGUGUUUAAUUUUUAAGACAGAGCAAAUAUAAACUUAUAAAAGAUAAAGAUAUGAGAAGCCUUUCUGAAGAACUUAAUGUUAAAUGUAUAUAAAUUAAUCACUUUCAUCCCUAGAGAAUAAUUACAUCCACACUUUGAAAUUAUUUGAAAAAUUAAGGAUCUGAUGCUUUAAUAACUUAAUAAGAAGAAUUAUUAGUAGCAGCAUUUGCAAAAAAUACUAAUAACUUAAACGAUUAAAACUUGAUUUCCAUAAUUUUUAAGAGCUGUUGAUUAAAUUUAACAAUUACCAUUUGAUGGCUGGGUACUCUGUUUUUAUGGUUGGGUACUCUGUUUUUAUUUUCAAUGAAACCCAAUGAUUUAAACUAAUUGCUCUUGUCCUUUGCUUGGAUUCACCAUCUAUCAUCAAAUCCUCCAUUGUUCCAGGCAAAUAGUUUAACAGAAUUAGAGAAAAAAGUAGCUACAGAAGAGAAGUUAUGGCAAGAUAAGUUGACUGCAGCCCAGUCAGAGCUUACAAAGGUACAUGAAAAUGGUUCUUUCCUGGCACCUGAUUUCAAAGUCCUUCAUCAGUAUUUGGUUUUAAUGUGCAUAAAUAUUUUCCAAUAAUAUUAGUGGUUCAUAAUAAUUUAACAUUGUAAUUUAUUUUGCAUGUAAAAUAAUAUAUAUACAAGAGUUAUAGAAAUGGUACCACAUCUUUUUUUAUGGUCUUUUUGUAGUUAGCAACUUUGAAAAGUAUAUUUUUCAAAUAUUUUUGUUUUUAAACUAAUUCAUUAAAAAUUAUAUACUUAUGAUUUAACCAUUCAAAAAUUUGUGUCACAAAUGAUGCUCUGGUAACAUUUUGAAACCAGCGGUAAUAUUUUUAAAAUUUAAACUCUAUUUUAGACAAAAGAUCAGCUGUCCAGCUUAAAGCAAGAUUUAGGAUCUCAGGGAAAUCAAGAGGUAUUUAUAGAAGAUUUCAAAUGUAGUGUUUUUAAAAAAACAAAAACAUUUUGACUCUGUUAAAAUUUAGAGUAUGUCUUCUGUCUAAUACCUAAUUAACAAAGUUGAAUUUAUUGCAAUUACAAUUUUGACAACAAAAACAAGCAUAUAAUUUAAUAUGUCAUAGACAAAUAAGUUAUCAGGAAGACAACAUGGUAUUAUUUUGUGAAAGAAAUAAUUUCUUACUUUUUUAUUUUAUAAGCUAUCAACGUUCUUUCUACUGCAAGUUGAUUCUCAACUGCAUAAAUAAAAUCAUACAUUGCUGUUAACAACCACCCCAGUCAAACUAAGUAUUAACCAUUGAUUACUAAAAUGUUAAAUUCCCAUGAAAAAUAAGAUUCACCUCUACAAUGAGGUCUUGCUACAUUAAGUGACAAUGAUUAGUGAAUGCUACCCUCUAAUCUAACCUAUAGAAGUCUUGCUGCAUUUAGUGACAAUGAUUAGUGAAUGCUACCCUCUAAUCUAACCACUAGAAGUCUUGCUGCAUUUAGUGACAAUGAUUAGUGAAUGCUACCCUCUAAUCUAACUACUAGAAGUCUUGCUGCGUUUGGUGACAAUGAUUAGUGAAUGCCACCCUCUAUUUAACCCUUCAUAGCAGUCAUUAUUUGUUUUUGAUCAUAAAAUAAGCCUAUCUAUCUAUAAAUAAUUGAAUACAGUCGCUGAUGUAACUAAAGUUAGUGAUGCCAGGACCUUUACCACCCCCACCCCCCCUUUUCCAGGAGGGGAAGGAGGGGACUUCUUCAAAAUUGCUUAAAUAAUAACAAAUGGAAAAUAUAUUUUUUUAAUGAACAUUUAAUUUUUUUUUAAAAUUUGGUCCUUAUUCCGCUUGUACCAUAUCUACAAUGACUUUGCACUUUGACGAUAUAGUGACUGAAAAAUGCAGAAGUAUGUGCAUAAAUACUGUUUCAAAACAGUUACAGAAAAAGAAAAUACCUUUUCAUUUGUCUGGAAGAUAACUAAAUCUAUAUCUGCAAAUGUUUGUAGAGAAUUAAUUGGCUUAUUUCACUUACUCAAAACUCGAUGAAUUGGCUUCUUAAUUUUUAUCCAUAACUUUUUAUACAUUUCUUCUAAAUGGUGGAUCAAAUUAUUAGUCAAUUUUUUCCAAGCUUGAUUCACAAAGUUUGUUGACCCUAUCUAGACUUCUGUCAAAUGUGUUACUGUAAACACUCCUGUAUAAGUGACAAACAAAAAAAUUUCAAUAAAAAUCAUGGGUGGGACCUGUCCACUCCUCAUCAGUUUUGUUUACUGUUAUUUAGUGUGCAGUAGUCAUUUACGUGAAAUGCCAGAGUAUCAUUUUCUCCUUUGCUCUGGCUUAUAUUUGAGCACAGGACAAUCCAUUUUAAGUAAAUCUUCAUUAACAAUCACGCAGUUUAAGACAAAUGAGUUUCAGCUUUCAAGUUGUUAUGAAACAUUUUUGUGAUGUCUGUUUAACAAUUAUUAGUUAUAUUUGCGUUAAAAUAGGGCCAUGUAACUCCCCAAACUAGGGAUGCGUCCUAUCUUGGGGUCAAUCGUAACUACCCACUUUGACAAUCCCAAAUUAAGGUUGCAACCUAUACUUAAGUAUAUAUAUUAGUGUAUGCUGCUGAAAAUAAAAUUUAGUCAUCUCUUUCAUCCUUAAUCGUGCCAGAAAAAAAUAAUAUUUUGUUUGGUAGUAAACUAAAAAGACUGUCCUCCAAAAAGUGGGGCUGACUGCCCUUUUGCCCAAUCUCUUCCUACGUUGUUGUCAACGAUCCUCUUAUCAUAGCUUGUAUGAUUAAAAUUGAAUAUGAUUAAUAUUGGGCAUGAAUUAGUUUGUUUUUAAAUGUCCCAACAAAAUUUUUACCUGUACUGCUAAAUGUCUUUUAGUUAAACUACAUAAACGUAAUUGAGAAGAUUUCCUACCUUUACCCUUGCACGACAUAGUGAAUGAUAUUUUUUUUUUUUUUUGUAUUCAUUUAUUUAUUUUCUUUUAACUAAAAUGCUCAAGGAUUAGCAAAGGAAUAAUUAUUUUAAAAUUUAGCUGAAAAUGAAUAAAAAAUUUCAAAUUACCUGUACUGCUAAAUGUCUUUUAGUUAAACUACAUAAACGUAAUUGAGAAGAUUUCCUACCUUUACCCUUGCACGACAUAGUGAAUGAUAUUUUUUUUUUUUUUUUUUUGUAUUCAUUUAUUUAUUUUCUUCUAACUAAAAUGCUCAAGGAUUAGCAAAGGAAUAAUUAUUUUAAAAUUUAGCUGAAAAUGAAUAAAAAAUUUCAAAUCUGAAGGAUAAAUAAACAAGAAGUUCCUCAUUGUCUAUUACUAUUAUUUUUUGCUGUGUAUUGGCCUGUUUAGGAUCUAUCUGAUUUGUGCUUUGCAUAUCACUGUGUUGAAAAAAGCCUCACCAGUAUUGUAGAUGAGGUAAUGAAAGAUGAGUAUAAAUGCCACCUCUCAUUACUCCUGCUAUUUGAUUUGCAUGUUGUAGUGAGGUGAUGUAGAAGACAAGACCAACCAGUCUGGCAAUUUCUUGUUGUUAAAAGAAAUUAAUGUUUUUAAUAUGAAAAUAUUUUAUCUCCAUAAAUGUUCUUCCUUUUAUAACUAAAACUGAACUUGAAAAAUCUUAAUUUUGACCUUUUGGAUGCUGUUUUCCAAGGAAUUGUCAGAUCAAAUCCUUACAACUAACUGCAUGCUUUCUUCUUGCGAAGUCUUCUUAAAAAAAUAUAUAUAUUCAUUUAAAAAGCUGUUUGAAAAUACAUUUUAAUUAACCAAAUGUGGUGCCCAUCAAUUUAAUUUUUCAUUAUUCCAGCAAGUUAAGUGAUAUUAAUUUUGCCUAAUUAAUUUUAUUUUCCAUUUUUGUUUUUUUUUAAUACCCUUACAUUUUUUUUCCCUGAUUGAAAAGUGGAAAUAGAUGAAUUAGUUAAAGGAAAUUACUUAUAAAAAAAACAUUGAUAAAUUCAUGCUUUGGAACAAAAUGCUUUUAUAAAAUAUAUUAAAUAGAAGUGCAUUAAUUUUAGUAAUUCUUUCCACCCCAACAUGAAUGGCUUUAGCACUGCUGUUAGCAGAGAACUGUACUAAAAUUAAGCUUUUCAUCCGAUAUUUCAUAUCUCACCUAUUUUACCCUUUACCAAGAGCUUUUAUUUGUGGAGUCAACAUUUUUUUUUAAACAUACAAAAUAAGAUCAUUACAAAUUUAGUGUUAGUAUUAAGUAUGAUUUAAAGCAUUUUCCUUUUUUUUUACAAUGCAUUUGAUUACUAACUUAGCCAUUCUUAAUAAAAUAAUAUUAACUUCUGUUUUAUCAUUACAAUUGUGUAGUCGUAUUAUUUUAUAGUCCAUUUCUAGAAAACCUACUUAUUGCCUUCAUGUAUAGUUUUAGACUUGUUGCUUUCUACUUAAGUAUCGAUUUACACAAGUGUAAAUAUAUAUAUUUUUUUAUCAGAUGCAAGAAAGAGUAGAGAAGCUGGAAACAGAGCUCAGGGAAGCACAGGAAAGAAUUGUUGUCAUCACCAGAGAGAAAGAAACUGUGAGUAUAUAUAUGGUUUUUUUAAAUAUAUUUUCUAGAAAUGUUUAUGUCUAAUUGCAUAUUCUACUGACAGAUAUAAAAAUUCUUUUAUUCUCAAAUCUUAAUGAGAACUAAUAAGUCCCUGAUAUGGCUAAGAGAAUUCACUGAAUGGCAGUUUUUUUCACUAGUGAAAUAAUUUAAUGUAGAUGUCAUGUGUUCAAAUUGUCUUAUUUAUGUGCUGAAAAUGUACAAUGUGAUAAAAAAACAACUUUUCCAUUUGUUUGGAUAAUUAAAAGAAUCUUAUCUUAUCUUGUAUGUAAAUAUUAUUUAAAAGCUAUUAAUUCUUUGCAUUGGAAUUUUACAUCUUUAGUGUUGUAUUAUUUUAUCGAUUCACCAAAUAAAGGUUUUUACUAUUCUUCCAUUAAACUUUACAAAUAGAAAAAAAUAUUUGGCACAAAAGGUGGUUCAUUAGAUCUACUGCAUUUUUAAUUGUAGAAUAAACAACAAACAUAAUAUUUUUAUGUUAAAGACAUCUUAGAGAUAUUGCAUGCUCAUUAUCAUGAUGUUUGCAUAAAAUUCAAGGUGACCUGUCAUCAUGAGAUGAGUUUUUUCUAUUCAUUUUGGCUGGAUAUCUGAUUUUAUUUACAAGUUUUGCCAUUGAAAAAAUCUGUCUUGAAAUUAUCAUAAUGACGAUGUAGCUGCUAAAGAUGUUUAAAGCUUUGUAUUUUUUAUCUGAUAUUUUAAAAGGCGGGCUGUAUUUCUGAAGUGCAUAUUAACUGGGCAUAUUCUCCCAUUGUUAAGGUGAUAUCAUUUCGGUGCAUUAAAACACUUGUGUCUUCUACUCAUUGACCAGGUUAUCUCACAGAUCACGGAAACAAGUAAACAAGUUUCAAGCUCAAAUUCUGAGGUGCUUGAGCAGGUAAAUGGACAUAUCUUAGUUAUUCAGUUUAAUUAUAACUUAAAAAAUUUUUUAAGUAUAAAGUUUAAAGGAAAUAUUUUAAAAUAGUUGUAAUAAUUUUAGGUUUUAGAAACCUUUAGCUUUUUAGUUAAAGACGUGACAUCAUUCACUAUCUUCCAUUUUGGAAUUCCCCAAUUAUGCCACAUGGUUGUUGCAAAAAAAAUAAUUUGCUAAAAAACAUUUCCUAAUUCCCCCUAGAUGCCCCAAUGAUGUCACCCAAAGAAGACUUGUAUUUCUUUUCUUAUUUGAUGUUGGACUUGGACACCUGAAUUUUCUUUUAAAUUGUUGUUUUUUAAAACAAAAAUUCUGUUACCAAAAAGUACUGAAAUCACAUAUUCCCAUAAUUUAGUUCCAUUAUUAGUAGUAUUUGCUUUGUAUUAUUAGUGUUGUAAAUUUAGUAGCUCUCUAAAAUGUACCAUGGACCUUCACUUUAGUUGCAUUAUAUUGUUGAUAAAUAACUUGUUACACUUAAUUUGCUGUACAUCAUUUAUUUAAUUUUAUUAAAAUAUUUUGUGAUAUUCCUUAGCAACUGACUGAACUGCAAAAUCAGCUAGAUGUUGAACGUAAGAAAAGUAAAGAGCUUUCAUUGAAUGUUGUUAAACUUAAUGGCAUCAUUAAAACAGGACAGGAUGCGCUUGCACAGGAACAAGGCUUAGUAAAGAAACUCAAAGAAUCUUUAGAUUCUAAGUCAGUGGUAAGUUUUUUUUUUUUUUUAAAUUCAAAGAAAAUCUGAAUUUUAUUCCAUUUAACCCUUUUUGAAAGAAUUUAUGAAUUCAUUUUUUGGCUUCCCCCCUUGUAUUUUGUAUGAUAGAAAUGAAUGAGAAAAAAAUUCACCAAUAUUACAAUUUUCAAUAUGAAUACUUAUAACUUGAAAUUUUACUCACUCUGUAAAGGUCAAUGUCAACAUAUAUAAUAUAAAAACAAAUUCUUUUCAUGCCAUAAGAUACCUUGUUCAAUGUACUUUCAGAAAAUGUAUACUUUUAAGGGUCUCUGAAUUUAUUUAGUCUGGGAUUUUGAAGAACAUAUGAAAAUGCUAAAAAUGCUUGACACGAAUGUUCCCCCUAAGGUUUGCUGGUUCGUGUGCAAAAUUAUAUAGUUGUGUGCAGUUUUACAGCAUCUUUUUUUUUUGUGUGCAAAAUUUUACAGCUCACAAAUACAAACACACACUUACAUGAAAAUUUGCUGUGCGGAUACUCAAAACUGCUGCACUGCGUCUGUGAGAUAGCUGCGCAGCUUAAAGGGAACAUAUAUACAGAAAAAUGCACUCUGCACUUAUAGGGUUAAAUUUAAUAAAUUCAAGGGGUUAAAUUUAAUAAAUUCAAGGUAGAUUUACUUAACUCAUUCCUUACUUAAAUCCACAUUCCAAAAGAAAGAAGUAAUUUUGGGUGAACUAUAAUUUUAAAUAUCAAAGAAACUGUAGUAACACCCAAUCUAGCUAUAUAAAAAGGAAUAAGAUAAAAACUUUCUGUUUUCUUAAUUUAAAUCCCAACACAAUUCAGUUUCCACUUGAAUAUUCUUUGAUGCACGAUUUUGUUACUAUGGUGAAUAAUAAUGAGAGUAGAGCAUGUUUCAUGAUUCAUUUUGUCACAUCCUGUGGGACACAUAAAAGAUGCAUUUAGUCUCAACCAAUGGGAAUAAGUUAUAAAUUAUUUAUUGCUCUAAAACACGAAAAGUAGUCUGAAUCUUUGUUCUUACCAUAAUCAGAUUUUUUUUUAAAUACUUGAAAUUAUAUUUACAGCACUCUGGGUUAACAGAAGCUGAGGAAACUGAGCAGGUAAUAUUUUGUUCUUGUCAUAAUAGGUUCACUUUCGCUCUUCUUUCUGCUAUAUUGUUUUCAUUUUUGCUGUAGUUUCAUGUCAUGCUUUGUCUCUUUGUAUUUUUUUCUAUUUUGCCUGCAUCACCACAUUCAAUAAUUGACUAACUUUUCUUAAGCAGUAUUCUAUUGUGCUAGAUCUGAUCAUCCUUUCUGUAGAUUUUAUUCUUUUUUUGUUUGUGAGCAUAAGAAUAUUAAAAAUACUAGUUUUACUACUCAGAAAUGUGAUCUUUUAGAUAAAAUGUAAGAUUUGUCUCAAAGAAAAUUAAGAGAUAUUUUUAGAAAAACAAAAGAAAAAAGUAAUUUCAGCAUUUUUAUGGAGAAAAAAAAAGUUAUUAUUUCAUCUGCCAAGAAGAAAAUAUGUGUCUAAAUAAACUAACAAAAUUGAUCUCCUUUAAACAACUGAUAAACUACCACAAUUGUAUCAACAGCAUUUGUAUUUCAUAUUAUUAUAUAACAACUAAAACUUUUUAAAAAAUCAACUAACAUUACAUUUCUCCCUGUAUUGAGACGUCGGUUAAUCAGGUUAAUAUAUCAUAACGGUUGUCAUAAAUUCUCAACCAUACAAAAGUGAAAUAAAUUAAAAAAGCAAGUAUUUCUGGUAAUUACUAUUAGCAAUCUGAGUUGCAAAACAUCCUCAGUUAAAUGCCUAUAAAUGUUGAGUUUUGUCAUAGUCUCAUAGAUUUCAUUUAAAAUUGUGAAACUAAUUUCAAAUUACCAUUAAAUGAUCAUACACAUAUAUAAGGAUCGAAUUCUCUAUAUUAUCUUUGCGGUCUCCCUCGGUAUUGUUGCAUGUGAUGUGUAGCUGCGGGUCAAACUCUCGGAGAAACAAAAGUUGCUGGAACGAGAGAUGGCCACAAACAAACAGCUAAGUGAGAAACUGGUGAGUCACAGGUCUUUCCAGCAAUAGCCAAUUCUGAUAAACAUCCUUUGUUAGCUUAUUGGCUUUAAGUUAAUAAAAAGAAGGAAAGGCAUUGUUAAAUUAAAAGAACCUUCAAGCAACCAAGACUACUGUUAAAAAAUUUUUAAAAAUUGUUAAAAUUAAUCCGAUACAAGUUUAAAAUAUUGAAAAGUAGUUAAAAGGAUGUUACUUAAAUGUUUUUUUGAAAAGCUUAAUUUAGAUUCAAAUUAGCAUCCUACUGUUAUAAUAUUAUUGUGCUUUAUAAAAGUGAAUAUGUUAGGAAAUGAAAAAUCAAACUAGAAAAUACCUUCUACAAAAGAACGUUUAUAAACACUACUGUUAAAACAAAAUUAGUCUUGAUUGGAAAAAUUGCUCUUUCAUUUAAUUUCUUCCAUAAUUGCUUUGUUGUAAGUACGCUAAUCUUUAUGUGAAUAAAAUUUAGGCUCAGCUGGGCAUGUUGGUAAGUAAAGCGUUAAUCCAGGUGAUGGACCAAAGUGCUUUUUUUACCAGUAUUUUUCUAGCAAAAACAAUCUUCUCUAGGUUUGCUUGGCUCUAAGCCUUGCUAAUAUGAAAAAAAACAACAAAAAAACUUCCCAAACGCUUAGUGUACAUUCUAAUUGUUUCCAGUACACUGUGACGCACAAAGUCAAUUUCAAUUCUUUAUCCACAAUUAUGAAUAAGUAUGAUUGAAUCCAUGUCCCCCAUAUUAAAACCCCAUGCCCUGUUGCUCUGUCCUUGUCGUCCUGUUCCCCCCCCCCUCCCGGGACUAUAUAUAAAUAAAUAAUUAAUUAGUCAAUGUUUUAGGAAUUUUAACUUUUAACUAUUUAUUUUUUGUUUAUGACAAUAGGGAGCUCGGAAGUAGAAUCAGGUCUGCUGAACAUUAUUUCUUAAUUGACUUUGGGCUAACCAAAUUUCUUCUUUCUUGCAUCUAGUCUUUGAAGGCUUAACAUUUUCUCAUAUUAGUAAUUAACAUAUUCAAUUUUUAAAGGACUAGAAAUUUUUCUUCUUGGGUAAUGUCAUAGUUUAUAUUUUAAAAUUUUGAUAAAUUUUAGUUUAUUGUGCAUUAAUUUGUUUAAACGUGAUAAUGUAAAUUUUUAACCAGUAAUUUUAAAAAGCUGGCAAAUUACCAUACCCAUGUGAUCUCUCCAUUGCUUAUCAUUUCUUACCUCUUUCUACAAUAUUGCUCCAGGUGAAGGAAGGAUUAGGGUUGCUACUAUUGCUACAAUCAAUUUUGCCAUUGCAACAUCUACAAUAAAAAAGAACUAAAUAGACAGAUUUACAUUGACAAAUAUUUACCAUUAGUACCAAUAAUGGUUCUAAAUCAAUUUAUUAAAAAUUAUCCUUUCCAAAUAAUAAUUUUACAAUCCUUUCCUAUGAUAGCUCACAUUAUUUGCAGUCUUAGUCUUAAUAAAUAAUGACAAAUAUACACAGAUACUGGUAAUUAAUUAUGAAUAAACAUGCUGUUUUUCUUAGAUUUGCGAUUGUCGCCUUCUUAAUAUAAAGUAUGACCUUUUUAUUUCAAGAGUGAAUGCUCUAGUUAGUUGUAAGAGGAGCACACAUUUAAGGUUUUAAUGUAUUAGCCUAUUUUAUUAGCUUAAUUUGGUUUUGUUAAUUGACAUUGAUGAAUAAAGUGUUUUGUGAAAUGUUUAAAAAGAAUAAUUUUGAACACCUUUCUUUCACACGGAUUAGAACUUUUAUUUAAUUUAAAUAUCUAUCUGUUGUUAAUCCAGGCAGCCACAACCAACCCUGACAAUGGAACUUCUGUCUAAGAUCAGUGAGAAUCAAAGAUGUCAAAGGUCACUGCCAAAUGAGAUAAUCUAACAAGUGCAAGUCGAGCAAGAACCAAGUGAAUUUUACCAGAUAAAAAUCACCUGACUUUAAAAACAUUUUUUUGUAUUUUAAUGUACACCCUGUUUAAAAUGUUUAUGCUUCUUUAAAGUUGGAAUUUAAACAGAAAGCGCCGUGCACAAAAAGGAUGGCAAGGAUCAAAGUUAAAUUCAAUAUUAGUGUAUCAAUAAGUUAAAUGUUUACCGGCUCCAUAAGUUACUGCAUGAAAUAACUCAUUUUUGUAUCAUCAUUUUACAAAAGAUGUAAUAGUUGCCACGUGUUCUCAUUUCUAGUGUUUCUAACAAAAACUGUAUCUUAUUUCCUUUGAUAAUGUGAAACCCCGGAUUUUUUGUUGCAGUUGGUUCCUUUUUAUUUUGAACUAUAAUAUUAGUAAUUUUUUUAUGUUGCAAGUAGCGGAGUACAGAUUAUAAACUUAAGUUCACUUUAAAGAAUUUUCUGCUGAAGAUCAUGCGUCAUUCUACCCCUUUGCUGUUCACAAAUUGUAAUGGUGAUGGUUUUUAAUGCAAAGGACACCAUUUGUUUUUUAAGUACAACACAUACACAAUGUUCCAUAUAAUUCAGGUGUUGUCAGUGUAGGGGGGUGUAAACAUAUGGACAUAUUCUACAUCACUACCAUGUAGAAUCUAUUAAAGAUUGCUUGAUUAAUAUGAUUUGCUCUUAAUUAAUUGUAUUUGUUACUGUAAACAGUUUCUCUUUGUAUCCAACUGUAAGGAGUUUUUCUUUGUAUCCAGGUCAGUGGCUAUUGAUGUGAUGUUGAAAACAUUUUUGGAGAUAUUUAAAAUGAAUGAGAAGUGUUCUUUGUUAAUUGUGAAUAAGCCACUAAAUCACAUUGUCAGAAUGAAAUGCCGUUCAUAUGUCCAUUUUGGUUGGUAAUUAUUUAUAAAUUACAUUAGAUUUGAUUCCCCCGCUUUUUUUUUUUUUUUUUACAGUAAAGGCUUUGGUAAUUAUGGGAAGUGAUACUUAAUAUUUUUCUUUUUUUUUCAAUUCUUGAAAUCAGUUAAAAUAAGACAUGAUUGAAUCCUUUCAUUUUUAAAUCUUUGAAAUGCCGUUCAUAUGUCCAUUUUGGUUGGUAAUUAUUUAUAAAUUACAUUAGAUUUGAUUCCCCCGCUUUUUUUUUUUUUACAGUAAAGGCUUUGGUAAUUAUGGGAAGUGAUACUUAAUAUUUUUCUUUUUUUUUCAAUUCUUGAAAUCAGUUAAAAUAAGACAAGAUUGAAUCCUUUCAUUUUCAAAUCUUGGUUUAGAAACAUAUUUCAGAAAGCAGAUUUAAUGAUAAAUAAUUUCUUUUUCCUACCUGAUCUAAAGUCUGCUUGUCUAACUUUUGACUUAGUUUUGUUUUUACCCUGUGCCUUACUUGCACUAUUCAAAGUCUCUUUCGUGUUACCUGCUGCAGUGUUGAUUUAAAAAUUUUCUUUAGAGUUUUUCAGUUUUAGGCUUUUUAAAACCGUAAAUCUAUUGAAAGAAAUGAUAAAAAAUUGUUAGCUGUUUCUGUAAUUAAAGCAUAUUUUAUAUGGAAAAAAUGGUGAGUCUUAAUUUAAAUUUGAAGAUCUUCACUCCCUGCAUGUCUAAAACAAAAAAUAAAAAAAACUACUGAUAACUCCAAAUGUUUUUAAAAGAAUAAAUCAAAUUUAGGAAUAGUGGAUAGGGAUCUCCUAGAUUAACAAAGAUGAUAAAUAUCUUUGAUUUUCAUUUGUUUGAAUAUCAAAGAAAAAAAUUGUAUGUAACAUAAACUUUGUCCUAGGUAUAGGCACCUUGCUUAUUAGAGAUAAGACACAAUUAUGUUUCAUAGUCACAAAAUAUUCAGAAUGCUAGAGGGCAAAUUUAUGGAAAUUUUAAAAUUACAUUUGCAUUUUGAAGACUUCCUGGAAUCUACCAAUCCCUAUCUCUUGCUUUUUUAAAAUCAUUAUUUUUCUUCUCUUUCUUAUUUUUCAUCUAUCUGUAGAUAUUUUUCAUUUCCGUUGCUUGUUUUUCUCUUUUGCAGAUACUUUUUUAAAAAUUAAAUAAUUUUUUUCAUCACUAUCGGUAAAUAUUUAGGAACCUUAACAUUUCCUGGAACAUUUUUUUUAAAUAGUUUUUGCAACAACAUAUUUAUAAGAUGCUGGCAACAAAUUUCAAUAGCAACAUGAACUAAAUUCUUCUAUGGUUCAGACUUAAGUUUCAAUGUAAACCAAUUUUAUUUAUUUUGUUCAGAAUAUUCAGCCAAUUUUAUCUCAAUUAGUGAUUUUGUAUUUCUUUUUCCCCAAAUUUUUUGACUACCUGUAUUUUUUGUAAAAUACUAGAGUGUAUUCUGUAUGUCUGCUUUAAAAUUGUGAUCUAAUUGCAGAAUACAAACUUUUGUUACUAGUCACCACAUUGGUACCUUCUGUGAUUUAUUGUCUUAUUUACCUUUAAUAUUUAUUUUUUUUCUGUCAUCUCUAUUGUCUAUUCCAUCAGAAUGAAUAUAGACUUUAAACACGCUUAUAAGUUUUUAUUUUUCUCCCCUCAAAAUCUGAAUUUCAUUUUCAAGAAAAUCAUUCAUUCUGCAAUAUUUUUAAAUUUAGGAAAAUUAUGAGAUCAAUAAGUGACUUGACUUCUUCAGUGAUGAAUUCUGUUAUGUGCUGAAAAAGUAAGAACAAUUUUUUGAUCAUUGUUAUUGGGGCCAAUAAAGUUCUACAUCUUUACAUUUUAUAUUUUAAAAAAAUAAACAUUCAGUUUAAGUUUGUUGUACAUAUUUGUCUUGGUCUGUGUUGAAUGUUAUCGAAGACUAAUUUAGUUUUAGUUUGUGUAUAUAUACAUGUAUAAAAAACAUUCUAUACACCUUAAAAAGUUCUUUCUUUGCUUUUGUACAGGUCGCCAGCUAGCUAUGCUAUUGUUUUUUUAAAAUGUAGCCUCUCUAUUUACUUAAUCAUGUAUAAGGUCAAUGAGAUGUAAACUGCUGUAAGGCAUUCAUCACUGAUUUUGUUCCAAUAUUAUUUUCAUUCCUACCACUAAAUUAUUGGCUAAGAAAUUAUUAACUAAUACACUAAAAUGCAUUGAUGUCAACUAUAUUUAGGAUACACAAAAUCGGCAUAAUUUAAUACUAAUAUAGAGUAUUUUACAAAAAUACAGUAUAGAAACAUGUUUAAGACACUAAUUUGCUUGGUUAAACUUUGUGUCUGGAAAUCUCUUGAGUUACAUUGCAUUUAUGGAUAAAUUGUUUAUGUACAUUUUAUUUUCCAAUUUGAUAAUGUACAAUGAUUUAAUUUUGACAUCACUAUAAGUGCAAUAUAUGAGCAGUGACUAUAAUCUGAGAUUUGGUGGACGGAAGAAUAAUUUGUAUUGUGGAGAAAUUACCCAACAAAAUCAUGUAUUUAUCAUAUAAUAAAAAUGUGCUCAUCUAAUUCUUUGUCUCUUGUGCUUUGUCAUAUAAAUAUUUAACGCUAACUAAAACUAAGCUAAAAUGCUUUCUAAUAGUAGU